UUCUUCUUCUCGUUUCUUCCAAAUAUCGUCGCGAAUAUUUUACCCUCUAAAAAUCUCAACCGCGAACCAAUUCAGAUUUCGUCGCCGCUCUGCGUUUUCGUGUUCGUGUGAGAGAAGAAAAACAGAGAAAACCCUAACCCUAUUUCAAUUGAUUCUCAAUUUCAGCCCAAAAACAUAAAAUUCGUUGUUUUCUCUGUGUAUCUCAGAUCUAUGAUUCUUGAAUCUUGUUUCGAAUUCGGCUUGUGUUAUUACUCUGGAUCUCCAAGUCCCGUUCGUGUUUGUUCAGAUUUAGACGUUUCUUCGAUUCAAUUGUGUGAUGGUGUGAAUACAGAGGCGUUGGAGAGAGUUGUCAAUAUUCAAUUGCUUUGAAUUGUUAGAGGAAGCGUGUUUGGAUGGGAGAAGGGGAAGCUUGUGUGGUAGUGUUAAAUGAUGGAGAGAUGGAAGAUAAGGAUUCAUUGAGAGUCGAGUCGAAGCGUGACCAUCAAUGGCUGGUAGACGAUACUGUAACAGAGCCUUGCACUAAGAAACAGGCGAGGGAAUCUUUGAGCGAUACUGGGUCGGAACAUUCCACAAAGAACCAGUCAAAAGAGGCUUCGGUUGAUGCUAAAAAGGAGCUUUCUGCAAAGAAUCAGGGAAAGGAAGCUUCGAACGAAGACAUAUGCUCAGAGGUUUCAGACCCGAAUUUGUCACCAACAGAUAAUGCUUCCAGCUUUCGGACUAUCAGUAGUCAAUCAGCCGAGUUGGUGAGCAAUAAACAAGUUGGUUUUGGCGAAAUAACGUCUACUGGUUCAGGGAAUUCAAGUACAGAUGAGAGCUUGAGUGAAGAAGAGCACAAUAGGAAUGAUAUAUCUGGUGCAAUUUCUACAUCUCACGUUGUACUUGAAAUUCCAAAAAGCACCAGCUCCUCUGGUAUCAGAAAGAUCAUAUUUAAGUUCAGUAAACGCAAGGAGGACUAUGAGAAUAAAUGUUCUUAUUUGGCUGCUCAGCCUGUAGCUAAUGGGGUUAGUGGUGACCUAUCUUACAGUGGCUUGCAUGAGGAGUCGGUAUGGAAGUAUUCAGCAUUGGACGAUUCAAAUGCAGAACUAAACACUAGUUUUUAUGGGAAGUGGUUAUCCGAAACCAAUGACCCUCGAUUUUGUGCUCCUAAGAUGGAAUUGAAAAUGUCAAAGAAGGUUGUUCCUGACAGCUAUCCUACAAAUGUCAAAAAGCUAUUAUCAACUGGUGUUCUUGAAGGAGCUCAAGUGAAGUAUAUCUCUACCUCUGGGGAGAAGGAGCUCCCUGGAAUCAUAAGUGGAUAUGGAUAUCUCUGUGGCUGUUCAAAGUGCAAUUUCUCCGAAGUUCUUAGUGCAUAUGAGUUUGAGCUGCAUGCUGGUUGCAAAACUAGACACCCAAAUAACCACAUAUUCUUGGAGAACGGGAAACCAAUUUAUAGCAUAAUCCAAGAACUAAGGACAGCACCACCCAGCAUAGUAGAUAAAGUGAUAAAAGACAUGGCUGGUUCAUCUGUUAAUGAAGAGUACCUUCAGGUUUGGAAAGCACGUCUCCAAAACAACGAAAUGGUUAAAGUAGACAAAAAGCCUCAUGUCAAGCUUCCUGGCAUGCAUCAUUUGACAAUGAGCUGUCCGAGUCAGCGGAUUGAAGACAGACUUAGCCCUGCUUCAUGUUCAUAUAUUCGGAAUUUCCCUUUUAGACAACCAACCUGUAUGGAGACAGCAGAGAAGCAGAAACGUGUGGCUACUAAGAAGCCAAGCUCCUACUAUUCUGGCUCGGUUGUGCAACACAAAAGAACUGUUGAAGGUGGCACCAGGAAAAGGGAUAAUGAUCUACACCGCCUACUCUUUAUGCCAAAUGGACUUCCUGAUGGGACUGAAUUGGCUUACUAUUCCAAAGGACAGAGAGUACUUCCUGGCUACAAGCAGGGAAAUGGUAUCGUAUGUAGUUGUUGUAAUGCUGAGAUUAGUCCUUCACAAUUUGAAGCUCAUGCUGGAUGGUCUGCUAGACGUCAACCCUAUCGUCACAUCUAUAUUUCUUCUGGACUGACGCUCCAUGAUAUAGCUCUUUCAUUGGCUAAUGGACAAAAUUUUGCCACUGGCGACAACGAUGACAUGUGUGCAGUGUGUGGAGAUGGAGGGGAACUGAUCAUUUGUGAUGGAUGUCCUCGGGCAUUUCAUACAGUUUGUUUGGAAUUACAAACUCCCCCUAAAGAUGGUUGGCAGUGUCCAUAUUGUCGAGAUAAAUUCAGUCUUGGUAGAAAAGCUGUUGGAGAGUCCUCAAAUAUUGGAAAACCUAUCAUAGUACGGUUGACGCGACUCGUCAAAGCACCAGAAGCUGAAAUUGGCGGUUGUGUUGUUUGCAGGGCUCAUGAUUUCAGUGUUGCUAAAUUUGAUGAGAGAACAGUUAUGCUCUGUGAUCAAUGUGAGAAGGAAUACCAUGUUGGUUGCUUGCGGGACAGUGGGCUUUGUGAUUUAAAAGAACUCCCCAAGGAUAAGUGGUUUUGUUGUGCUGAUUGCAAUAGGAUCCAUGUUGCUCUGCAGAAUUUAGUUUUCAGUGGGGCUGAGAUGAUUCCGACAUCUAUAUUGAAUAAAAUAAACAGGAAACAUGUCGAGAAAGGAUUAACUGAGGGAACUGUAAAUGAUGUUCAAUGGCGAAUUAUGAGUGGGAAAAGUCGCUAUCCAGAACAUCUACCGCUGCUUUCUAGAUCUGCUGCAAUUUUUCGUGAGUGUUUUGAUCCUAUUGUCGCAAGAUCUGGUCGUGAUCUCAUACCUGUUAUGGUAUAUGGGAGAAAUAUUUCUGGUCAAGAGUUUGGAGGAAUGUAUUGUGUUGUUUUAAUUGUGAAGUCAGUUGUUGUGUCCGCUGGUCUUCUCAGGAUUUUUGGACGGGGGGUUGCCGAGCUUCCUAUUGUGGCUACAAGCAGAGAAAAUCAAGGAAAAGGUUAUUUCCAAGCACUAUUUUUAUGUAUUGAGAGAUUACUGUAUUCUCUAAAUGUUGAAAACCUGGUGCUCCCGGCUGCUGAGGAUGCUGAAUCUAUCUGGACAAAGAAACUGGGCUUCAGAAAGAUGAGUGAUGAACGGUUGUUAAAGUAUACAAAGGACUUCCAGCUGACGAUUUUCAAGGGCACAUCGAUGUUAGAAAAGGAGGUUCAGAAUAUACCAGAUUAAUGUCAUGCUUCAUCAUUCCACUGGAUUUAGUCAGAGAUGUGGAAAUUAGAUUUUUUAUUUUUUAUUUUUCUUAAUUUAUCCUGUAAUAUCUUUGCUAUGUCUUUCUUUGGCCAUCAUAAAGCAAUGCGAUUGUAGUGCCUUGUUCAUGUAUAAGCUAGGAAGGUGAGGCAACGAAUGUUUGUCAGAAGGAGAGGUGCAUGCUGACCUUUUAAUAUGCGUGCAUGAGGUUUUGUUGUUGUUGUUGUUGUUGUUUUUUUUUUUUUUCUCUCUUCUUCCUUGGUUAUGUUUUUCAUUAACCAUAAAGCACAGCUAAAAAACUUAUUGUCUUAAAAGUGUGUGAACUUUGUAAUA